AGCAAUCCGUCCAAGGCUUGGUCAAUGCAUUCAUCUUUUUUCUCUUCAAAGUUCAAAAACAGAAACUGGACAAGCAAGCUGGCUAGCCUUUGGUCAACCAAUCAAUGAAAAAGGACAACUUUCGGAAAACUUUCUUAAUUACUUCUUUGAUAUCCGUGAGAGAGAGAACUAAAAGAAAAAUCAACAUUUGUGGAUGUGAAACUUCUCUUGUUUUCCUGCAAAGUUUAAGCUUCUCGAACUUCUGCUGUUGGCUAGCCUAACCAUGCCUCUCUGUGUUUUCACCUGUUGAUCAAAGACUGCAUAAGAAUUAUAGCUAACUGUUUAUGCAAUGAAGUGCUUUUACUAUUUCAAAGACAAAUAUAGGAACAAGAAGCAAAGGUCAGCACCUGAACUGAAAGAGCAAGAGAAACUCGAGUUUUCAGGGGCUGAAAGGGUCACCAAGUCCUCAUGCUCAUCUGCAUCGCCUCGCGGUAUACCGGAUCUGUACGUGGAGAAGGGUCACAAUUUGAGGGUGUUCUCCUUCACAGAGCUCAAGCGUGCGACAAGUGAUUUCAGCAGGCUUCUUAAGAUAGGAGAAGGUGGAUUUGGAACUGUGUUUAAAGGUUCAAUCAAGCCUGUUGAUGGGAGUGGGAAUUCUGUUUUAGUUGCCAUCAAAAGGCUUAACAAGGAUGGAUUACAGGGUCAUAAGCAAUGGUUGACCGAAGUUCAGUUUCUUGGUGUUGUGGAACACCCAAAUCUUGUCAAGCUUAUUGGAUACUGUGCUCUGGAUGAUGAAAGAGGGAUCCAGAGACUACUUGUGUAUGAAUACAUGCCAAACAGAAGCUUAGAGUAUCACCUUUUCAAUAAAGCAUGUGAUCCUCUUCCUUGGAAAACAAGACUUGAAAUAGCACUUGGAGCAGCUCAAGGGUUAACUUAUCUGCACGAAGAAUUAGAAAUUCAGGUGAUAUAUCGAGAUUUUAAAGCUUCAAACGUAUUACUGGAUGAAAACUUCAAGCCAAAGCUUUCUGAUUUUGGACUUGCUAGGGAGGGACCAGUAGCUGGUGAUACUCAUGUUUCAACAGCUGUAAUGGGAACAUAUGGCUAUGCUGCUCCUGAUUACAUUGAGACAGGACAUCUCACUGCCAAGAGUGAUGUGUGGAGUUUUGGCGUGGUGUUAUAUGAAAUACUCACUGGUAGGCGUUCAAUGGAAAGAAACAGACCCAAAACAGAGAAAAAACUAUUGGAGUGGGUUAAGCAAUACCCUUCUGACAGCAAAAGGUUUGACACUAUAAUCGAUCCACGACUACUUGAAGGACAAUAUUCCAUUGGAGGAAUGCGAAAACUUGCCAAACUUGCGGAUCAUUGCCUGCGUAAGAGUGCAAAAGAUAGGCCAACAAUGAGUCAGGUGGUAGAGAGAUUGAAGCAGAUAAUCCAAGACUCUGAUGAAGAACAACACCCUGCAGAUGAUAAAGAUAUUGAGGUGUCUGAAAAUGAUCCGGUUGAGCCUGAAGAAAAAUCAAAUGAUUCAGGCUCUUCAGAGUUAUGGAAAAAGAGGAUGGAACAUCUUGCUAAACUUGGUGAAAGUGUGGAGAGUGCUAGUAGAAGAAGAUUUAUGAUCUUGCAGAGAGCCAAUGUCUCUUCAUAGUUUCAUUCUGCCUCAGAGUACUUGGGAUCAUGGUCCAUUAUGGGAGAAAUUAUUAUACCAAAUCAUGUGGCCUCAAAUCUCCAUCUGAUAUGUUAUCAACUCUUUCAUAAAUCAAGAAAAUGUGGUUGUGUUAUACAAUAGGGACAAUUUACAUAGUUGUUUUUCGAUUAGAAUUAAAGUUUCAUCUUGAUAAUAUGUAUUUAUAUAUAAUGUACACUUCAGUGAUAUUUAUUUAUGUAUAUUAUUGAAUUGGAACUCUAAUUCUAACCGAGAAAUAACACCAACAGGACUUAGGACUUACAGUAUUA